AUGGGUGACGCAGGAUCCGCUGCUCCGACCGCUGGGAGUGCAAGUACUCAAAGAAAGUCCAUCGGGAGUCCAGUCUAUGAACUGGAUCCUGAUGGCGACGUUACCCUGGUAGUGCAUGAUGUUCCGCAAGACCUUCCCAGCGACCUGAAGGACCUAACACCGGAACUCCUUGCGGGAAACUCAAAAUCUCCAAAGCAGACAACAUCCGGACAAACGGCGGAACAGCGGCCACUAAGCCUGCGAGCUUCAUCCAAGCACUUGGGGCUAGCAUCUCGGUACUUCUCACGGAUGUUCAAGAGCGGGUUCCGCGAGGGCAACGAGCUCCGCAAUAACGGCCAUAUUGAACUUGUCAUCAAACAUGAAAAAGCCAAUGGCAUCGCAUUUUUAGUGCUCAUGCUUAUCAUUCACUGCCGGAACUCUCAGGUCCCACGCGUGGUAUCAAGAGAAAUGUUAACAGCAUUUGCCGUCCUUGUUGAUUAUUACGACUGUUGUGAUGCAGUCGAAGUAUUCUCGGACAUGUGGAUUGCAGCUAUCGAGCAGGGUCGUAUCGGUUACGUCCACCAGGCAUUGGACUGGCUACUGAUCUCAUGGGUUUUCUCUAAAGACGCUCGCUUCAGGGAAUCAUCGGGAGUGAUAAUUACCGCCUGUAACACUACGAUCACCGCUAACGGACUGCCCAUUCCUGGGGCAAUAAUAGACAUGAUGGAUAACAAACGAACCAGCUUCCUACAGAUCUUGAUUGAUGACUUGCAUAAGCAACUCAUUGGAUCUGCUUUAGACUGCCUAAAGCAUUCUAAAGGAGGAAAUAGAGAAAUAUGCACAGCUUCAGUUUUCGGGACAUUUACAAAGCGGAUGGUAGACCUUGAUAUUCUGACACCAAAGCCCCAGAGCCCCUUUCCCGGAAUUCAGAUAUGGAAACUCCUGAGUGAAUGCAGUGCUACAAAAAUGCAGUCCCCGUGCAUCACCGAUUCCCACUCCCCUCAUGAUCGUUGCCGUCUGUCGGCUCGGAUGAGCCAAGUUUUGCAAUCUCACCCAAAGCCAGCCGGGCUCGAGUUGAAUAUGUUUAGGGAGGGCAAACCCCCUUCCAAGAAAGUACGCCCAGAGGCAUAG